AUGGCGACAUGGGCAGCCCUGCUGCUGGGGGUGCUGCUGGCCACCCAGCGCCCCACGGAUACAGCAAUCCUGGAAGCCAACGGCAACCUGAGCUGCCGCUGCGCCAAGACCACGCGAGCCUUCAUCCCCCCGCGGAAAUACGGCAGCGUCGAGGUCCGCCCCCGGGGGAGCAGCUGCCGGCGCCUGGAGGUGGUGAUUAAGCUAAAAAGCCUGGAGAGGGUUUGCGUGGAUCCCGACGCCCCCUGGGUGAAGAAGCUCCUGCAGGACCUGCCGAACCUGUAA